AUGCUCAUAGUUACAGCGGUACACACCUUUGUCGCAGAGCAUGGGGAUGAGCUAGAGUUCACCGCAGGAGAGCCAAUAGAGGUUAUAGAAAGGGACGAUGACUUUGGAGACGGUUGGUGGAGAGGACGCAAUACCAAAGGCGAGGAGGGCCUCUUCCCGGCCACGUACAUCACCGAGACCCCCGUAGCGGAUGCUCCUGCCAGCACUCCUGCACCCGCACCCAUCCAGCGAUCGCCCACUCCCCCUUCCCCUAAAGCGCUCUCUCCGCAGCCCUCCCACCAAGAGAUACCCGAGGUCGCCCCAGACCAGGGCGAGCCAGUCGGUAAUGGUGUACUGGCCACUACCGCAGCUGCCAUCGGUGCCGCGGCUGUCGGAGCCACGACCGUGAUAGGCAAAACCAUCGGGGAGAUUGAGCACGCCAUCGAGUCUAUCGCCAAACCCAAUGAAGAAUCCCUGGGGAUCGGAUCCGAUACGCGCGCCCGGCUCGCUGCGCAGGCGCAGUUGGCGAAUGAGGAGAGGGAUAUGCACAGAAUCAGUGGAGGUGUAGCUGGUCUGGUGUAUUCGGACGAGAGCGAGGAUGAGGAGGAGGAGAAGCGGAGGAGCCUGCGCAACGGCAAAGCGCCCAACACGCUCUCCUCGUUGCAGCCCGCCCCGACCAUGCCGUCUACCCCACCCCUCGAGACCGCUCAGCGCUCGCACCCUUUAUCUUCCUCCCAGUCGAGUGCGGCGCCGUCAGGCCCCGCCUCAACGUGGGGCGUGGAUGAGGUGGUGCAAUGGGCAAAGAGCAAGGGGUUCGAGGAAUGGCCGAAAUUCCAAGAACACGAGAUCUCGGGCGAUCUCUUGCUCGAGCUGGACGCCAACCUGCUCAAAGAGCUGGACAUCCCUCAAUUCGGCAAGCGCUUGCGCAUCGCGCAAGCCAUCUCCGAGCUGCGGCGGCCUGCGUCGAUCUCGUCCAUGUCCUCACCGGCGCAAGGCACUCGCGGGAUGAGCGCUCCGCCCAACACCUUUGCCAUGCCACCGGGCUCUCCCCCUCCAUCUACCACCCCUCCUCUCUCCGCCGACUCCAACUCUAUUCACAGCCGCAAAGUCAGUACCACCUCCAUCCCACCUCCCAUGCACUCCAUCAACGAGACCGUGGCUUCUACGCCCGUCAGCGUACCGCCCUCCCCAGUCACCCCUGGCUCCGUCGUUAAGCGGGAAUCCUUCGGCUCGGUCGGACACCGCAAGGGCAAGCUCAGCCUUGACAACAAGGAACGGCUUAGUUUCUUCGGCAGAAGCCGCAAACCGGCUCCUACCACUCCCUCGGAUACUCGCAACACGACUCGGUCGAUCCAACCUCAGGUGCACCAAAUGCAACCUGCAUCGCCGCAGGAAUCUCCUGUCAUUGCCAACGCAUCAGCCCUCAAACAGAUCGGAACGCCGGAUCACUCGGGCUACAUGAAAAAGAAGGGCGAUCGCUAUGGGUGGAAGUCUCGCUUCUUUGUGUUGAAGGGGGCGCACUUGUACUACCUAGCUUCAGAACAGGAGGACAGAGUUAAAGGUCACAUCCCCCUGCAGGGGCACCGGGUCAUUGUCGACGAAAACACCAAUCCCGGCUCGUACGGUUUCCGGCUCGUCGGCGCUAACAAGACCCACUACUUUUCCUCCGCCGAGCAGGGCGCGAUCCGAGGCUGGAUGAAGGCGUUGAUGAAGGCUACAAUCGCUCGCGAUUACUCCGUGGCCGUGACAUCGUCCUGCAAUAUACCCACUAUUCCCCUCGCCGAGGCUCAAGCGCUGAGUCCCCGGCCUCCUUCACCGGCUAGCCGAGAUGCGACGCAACGCGCAACUAGGAGGGAAAACACCAAUACUCUGACACCACACGAUGCCAGUAUCCUAAUGUCGCUCGACAAUACCAAACGAGCCAGCUUGAUGCCUAGCCGGCCAAACAAGGACAUGCGGCGCCCCUCAGCAUCUCAGCUCAGCGAUGCAGACCUGGUCGUCUGGGUAAACUCCGUCCUCCCCUCGCAAUACCCCAGAGUCACCUCGAUUCCCCAAUCCUUCGUCUCUGGCGAAGUGAUCUUCUUGAUGGUUCGGUCCCUUUCCGGGAUCGAUCCGCAACCGCCUGUUCCGCCGGCUGCAUUCAACCCGGAAGCAGACGGCUUGCCCGGCGUGGAAGGCUUGUUUGCGAUGAUGGACAUGUUGGUGGACGCAGGCGUGGAUCCGGUGGGCGUAACCUUGAACGAAGUGCGCAGUGGAGACGGUGCUGCGAUUGCGAGGCUGUUGGAUAGUAUCAGAACCUGGCAGCAGUAA